AUGCCGGAACCGAGAACCCGAAAUGCAUCCAGACGCCUCUCAUCAAUGAAUGCAGAGACUGAAAUGAUGCUUCAAAUGCUACGAAGGGAAUUACUCUUAGCCUUAGAGAGCAAGGACCCAACAGUCUUUAAAAUGAAACUCAAUUGGAUUCUGGAAGAUACCAGAGAAUACGCGGAUUUAGUUCUUAGAAGUGGUUUCGAUUCAGAAGGCAAAACAGCUUUGCAUAUUGCAGUGGAAAUUCAAUUCACCGAAGCAGUAAGUUGGGCCUUUAGCUUUAAUUUCUUACUUCCUUAA